AUGUCUGCGACGCGUGGCGAAUCUCAACCAGCAUAUGGCCGUCGUCGCUCCAAUACUAUCCAGUCCAUUCGCCCUGUCCCGCCUGCCCCACCUCUGGUCGUUGGCGACACUCAGGUUUUGAAUUCAUGGGUUCACGAUUUAACAACCUCAAGAGGGAUCACAUUCAACCAUGCUGCUUGGCCUGGUGUGCGAGAAGGAGACAUGCUCAGCGCCGUUAGCGCUCAUGGAGGGUCUGAACCUUUCCUUUUCUUCGUCCCAAAGGAUGAAGGCUCGUCUCGCUCCCAGAUUUCCAUCCCCAAACCCAUAGCUGACACCUUCAAGCUGAAAAACAACACAGAGGUGUUGGUUACCAAAGUCGACCCUACCAUUCACGCGGCGGACUACGUGGAAAUGAUUUUUCAAGACCAGUAUCUCGGUCGCAGUGACAUGUGGAGGCUAGGAGAGUACCUUGUGGACCAGUGUGUCUAUGUGAACCAAGAUGUCGCGUUCAUUGGCGGGAUCGCUGCAAAAAUCCACGCUAUAUAUAUCGGUGGCAAGAAAGUCUCCGCUGCUUGCGUAACGACUGCGACUAAAACCAUCUUCCGCUCGCUCUCCGCCAAGGUUACUAUCUUCAUCCAAGUCUGCCGGGAAUUGUGGGAGUUCGCUGGCGAUGGGGAGCGCUACAACGAGAAGAUUGUCCAUUCCUUCCUUCCAGCCUUGUUUGCAAAGUGGCGAGAGGCUAACACCAACCACACCGUGACCAUUGUCCUCAUCUCGCGUGUGUACUAUGACGAAACAGAAAUCACCUAUGCGGCCGGUCCCUUGCAAUGUGAUGAGGGUGGAUGCUGGUACAAAGACUUUUACAAGGUUAUAACAGAUCUCGAGGUCAUUCAUGAAUGGAAGCCAACACUUGUUAGCUUGAAGACGAGUUUCUGGGAUUUUCAACGCGACAUCCUGCUGACACAUCACUAUCAUCGUGCAUCCCAAGAUGGAUCGACUGGGGUCGCUCCAGAACAAGUCCGUCUUGUUGGGCGCUUAUCUUAUGCCCAUGAUGGACCAUUACUCGAAGCACUAAACAUGGCCCUCACACCAACGGAAACCCACUACAUCGAUCGUUCUUUGUCACUUACUGGCGCUGCCACCAUCGUCAUUACCCCGGGAACCGGUUAUUAUCGUGUUUCAAAGCGGCUUUUACGCCUAACUACGACACGGAUGCUUGAUCAGGGCUUUGGGUUGGAUCUCAUCUGUCUUGCAAAGCAUCCCCUGCACCAAAGUCCGAUAUUCAGUUUCCGCGGACCAGAAGUUGGCCCAUCAGAGCGGAACAAGGAUGGCACAGGUGCAACUGGUCGCGCCGCUGAUCCGUUAUGGGGCGGUGAUGAUGAAAUCACUGAGUCGACCCACAACAUACGAGAGUAUUGGUGGGAACCAUUUUGGGUGUUUGUGUCUUUCUGGGACCAGCAGAUGGACUUGCCAUUCCGCAAGGAUAGGUUCAUUGCUCGAGCAAAAAUGCACGAGAUACAGAUGCUAGGUCUGCUGGAGCACGACGUUGUUUCGGGAAUAGAAGUCCCAUUCCUACCGCUGUCGAAUACCACAACAGGCAGCCCACUCUGGGAUGGUGAUAGCCCUCCCGCCAUAACCAAGCCAGAAGCGGACCAGUUUGACCUCAACAUUUUCGCACUCAAACCUGAAUCCAAGGCUUUGACUGCCCCUUCUUUGUAUCGCGAUCCGUGGUUUUCAGUGACACCAGGGUCUACUCAGCGCAUUGCGGAGAAACGAAUGCCACAUAGGAGCACAAGACUUGGGACAGGAGGAAUCACAGAAGUGAGCCCGAAAACCGUCCAUCGCGAACUACCUCCCGAAAAGUCCGUUGAUGGAACAUCGGUUGUUUCUGCUGUUGCCCCCAGCGGUGGCCUUAGCAAGUCUCCGUCCCAAUCAUCUCUGCGGUCUAUCCGGUCAAGUCAGUCAUCAACCUCGAUAAAAGCCAUCAAGCGUACGGGAUCAGUUGCUUCCAAGUUAGCACCAUCAUGGCUAUUCAAUCCAUUCCGAAGCACGCCGAGUGAGCCCCAAACAAGCUCCGUCUCAGCAUCAGCAUCCGCCUCUAUCUCUGGAAUUAUCUCGUUUUCGUCUUCUGUGACCCUGGUUUCAAGUCCUGCAGCGACGAUAUCAAGAGCUCCCGUGCCAAUCAGAGCUAGCCACGACCAGUCUAAGUCCCAAUCGGGAGGACGCACACUUGAGGAUGAUUCCCUAACACCGCAUCGGACUUCAUUUACCCGGAAAUCACCCUUGAACACGCCCCCUCGCGAUGAAGCCAGCUUCGGAAAACGGCGGAGUGUCUUGGUUCCAUUAUCUACUUCGUCAUCAUUUCCCUCUUCCUCAACCGUACCAACAAAUCCUUCACGUUUAGAAUCUAACGUGACAUACACCCAAUCUACUCUCGCCAGACGCUGGGAGCAUAUAUUUCCUGAACCAUUGUUCAAACACGACAUUAAAUGGUCAUCUAUCGUCACUCCCGCGUGCCUCCCGCUGACUGUUUCCUAUUUUCCGAGUGCUCAUGAGUUAGAAACCUCGUACGACAUGUUUUCCUACGACUUUGUUCUGGAUCCAGCAGAAAUGCAUUCCUUCAUGGUCAAGCGAACACAACAACCCAAAAAAGGAGCAGCAACUGAAGCCAUGCGUCGUGAGUGGGCUUUGGUAGUGAUGCGUGGUAUGGCUGCGGUUCGGCUUGCACAAGGCUUUCAGUUCAUACUUCGGGACCCGAGCAAGUCAAACACAAGUGGAUUGGAGAGUCAUGGUCAUAGCAGCAACCCAUUGCGACGCGGGAAAUCAUUUGUGGAGGACGAAAAGCCUAGACCGAAAGGAGCUGCCGAUGUUCUCCGAAGCGCUCUUGACUCACCGGUAUACUUGUGCAUGUCGAACGAAAUUCAUCGAAUUGCCUACGCCUCACAAGACGAGACCAUCCAGGUCAGGAGGUAUGUCCGUCGGAUGCCACAGACUCGUCCAUUCUCAUACGAGUGCCUUAUUUGGCCGAAAUUGGGUGGUGGCUACACGGAACAGAAGACCGUUUUCAACUCUCACGGGUUAGAAAACUAUGGAUGGAACAGCCUUGAUAUGCUGAUUAUAGGAUAUGGCCAUCAGUUCAAUGAGUCUCUCCGGUACUGGCGGACGCGUUUCGUAGUCAUCCCUACGUUCGACCCUCCAUCGACAGACCUCGGGCCAUCCGACGAACAACUGAAUGAAGAGGAAACCCGUAUUCUCGGUAUCGAGAAGCUUGCUGAACAGUUCACCAAAUUGCGAUGGCAGUCCCCUGACGAAGAACCUGCACCAAACGUCAGGUUCCUUUUGACCACCCUGAAUCCCGCGGUUUCUGUGCUCGACGAAGCACUUAUGGAGCAACUUGACCAAAUCCAUACAGCUGGUCCUCUGAAAAAGAACAUGAAAAGCGAGAAGGAAAUUUCGGAAAUGUCGCUAGCCGCAGUUGCCAAAGCUAUGCGUUCAGAUGGCGGGGUGCCAAUCAAACAUUAUGUUUGGCACAAAACUCAAUAUCCUAACUCUUUUACUGGCCAUGACGUUGUUUCGUGGCUCGUUCGCGAGUUCAGAGAUAUCUCGUCACGGGCACAAGCAACAGAAUGGGGCAUCAAACUAGAAGAGCAGGGCUUGUUCGAGCAUUGUAGAGGCAACCACAACUUCCUAGAUGGACAGUAUUUUUACCGAUUCAAAGGCGAGUAUGCUGUCCCGGUUACUCCUCGUGGGUGGUUUGGGUCGCGUAGAUUGAUCGGAAGCAUCGAUCCUCGAGCUUCUGGGACUGUACCCCCAACACCAUCAGCCAACUCGCGCAAUUUCAGUCCUCGUCAAAAUAAACGACGUCUAAUUCUGAGUCAGAGUAUGGUCAUCGACAUUGACCCCAACAAGCGAAGCGACCAAGCAGAAAGUGUCAUUUUACAUCACGACCUCAUACAUAAUCCUGGGACCGUGUUCCAUUUCGAGCUGCAGUGGAUUGGUACAACAGCCCGCUGCAUUGAGGAUCAGCUGCGUCAAUGGAGUCGUACCAUCGAACGUUAUGGACUGAAGCUUGUGGAAGCUUAUGUGACGCAAAUCAGUGAUAUUCGCGAAAGGAAUGCUUUCCAGUCGUGUUUCCCUCUCCGACUCGCUGUUGCACCGCCUGUUGUGCCUGAUCUGGAAAAACGAGUGCCAUUGGGGACCCACACAGACCAGUAUUUCGAAUACGCGCUCCUUCGUCGGUUUGACUUCAUUGUGGAUAUCGAGGCUGCCAAGCUUUAUCCGCCUCAAGUCGACGUUGUUUACUCCUACCGCCGUUCGCCUUUCGACUACUCACAGUUCGUGCAUCGUUCUGGCGUCGCCUUCGUACAAGUCCUUGGCGGGGAAAGGGGGUUCCUAUUCCUUACGAAUCGCCUUAUGGCUCCUGGUCGGAUGGGGACAACGUCUAAAAGCAAAGAACACCAACCGGCAGCGGCAGCAGAUAACAUCCGUGUCGCUCUACAAAACUUCUGUUCUGAUGAGCAGGGUCUGCGGGCAUUCUACGAGGAGGAGAUGGCAUUACUGGGCCCGAUACCCGAAGAACCGCCACCGCUAUCUAUCUAG